AGGAGUGUCAUACACUGAAACAAAAACCCUGAACUGUCCCUACUUUAUAUGUAUUUUCUACAUCUCACCUACAUGGGAGAUUUUUCAGCGAGGAAUAGGUCUAUAGUGCUCCUGUCUUCAUAAAGCUAAUGCCUCUGUGCUAAACACAGGCGCUGCCGUAAACGUUAAAAAUGUGUGUUUUGCAACAGUGUGGGAAAGGUGUGGGCAGCGCUGGGCGUUGUUCGUUACGUAGGGAAGCAGCCGCCCACACUGACCUGGAUAUGUUGGUAGUGUGGACGACUCCUCCACUACCAUGGAUUCCAGAACAAAAUUGUUCUGUUUUUGUGACCAUCCUCAGCGCGCGGACCUUCGUGUUGAAGACGGGUUUUACGGCAAGUGUGCAGCUACCCUUCGCCCUGUGAUUUGUGGCGCUUUAACAGCAUCGACGCAUUAUCUAUAAGAAUCUGGACUGAGUCGCGUCGUGGUGCAGGCCGGCGGUUUCGCUGUCUAAGUUCGGCGCGUGUGUCUGCUCGGGUUGACCGGAUCUGGAUAAUCACGCCUGGAUUCGUCCUCACAUGAACAGUCUUUACUUCUCGAGUGAAGAAGUGGAGCUCUGUCAGGUUGACUCUACUUGGGCAAGGUUUGGGCCGGAAGUUGGAUUGUGUUGCCUUCACAAUAUUCGCACAUAUUGGAUUCGUUUUUAUUGUGGAGCGAAUAUAUUAUGUGUGGACUACGGUAAUUAAGCAAGCAGACAAAACAAUACAUUUUGUCUUAAGUUAGUAACAUAAUGUUGCCACUUAAAAUUUGCAGUCGAACUCGGAAUUAGCGCCAAAGUGUUAUAUUUUGAAAAACUAAAACGGAAGUAGUUUUUGUCCACGCCGUUUUUGCUUGAUAGUGGUAGUUAGGGGGAUGUGGCCAGGAUGUAUUUAUGCUGCUGUUCAAGAUAUGAAUAUCAGUGAAUCGGUACUGCUUCGGGAGCCCUGCUUCACUACCGGCCACAGCGGGAGCCACGACGGUGCUGCUGCCGUCUGUCACCGCGGUUGUCGCCGUCGUCAGACGAAAACGACGAACACGACCAAGGAUUCUGUGCUGGUUUCGCCUGGACUGGACCAUCUCCAUGAGGGCUUCUCAACCUAACGCCCUAACACAUCAAGUAAUGAUGGAGCCAUCUCUAGCUCUCGCUAGACUGGAGCUGAACCCCAGCUCAGCCGCUGUUGGGGUCAACCUGACCCCGCGGAUCUCCGGCAGCCCGCCCGCGAAAGAGAAGAGCAGCCAGCGGCCGACGACGGGGCAACAAGGCCAGGCUCAUCUGAACGGCUGCGUCCCGCUGUCACAUCAGGUGGCCGGCCACAAGUAUGGAGUGGAUAAAGUGGGCAUUUUGCAGCAUCCAGAUGGAACGGUCUUGAAGCAGCUUCAGCCUCCACCAAGAGGUCCACGAGAGAUGCAGUUUUACAGCACGGUGUAUGCAGAGGACUGCUGUGAUCCCUGUCUCUUGGAGCUGCAGAAUCACCUUCCAAAGUACUACGGGGCCUGGUCGUCUCCUGACAGCCCCAGGGACCUGUAUCUGAAGCUGGAGGACGUGACUCGCCGUUUCGCCAAGCCUUGCAUUAUGGAUGUGAAGUUGGGCCAGCGGAGCUACGAUCCGUUCGCCUCGCAGGAGAAACGGGAACAGCAGAUCAAAAAAUACCCACUGAUGGAGGAGAUUGGCUUCCUGGUCCUUGGCAUGAGAGUAUAUAAAGUGUGCAGUGACACUUUUGACUCCUAUGACCAGCACUAUGGGAGAGCACUGGUGAAAGAAACUAUUAAAGAUGGUCUGGCUAAGUUCUUCCACAAUGGUGUUUGUCUGAGAAAGGACGCAGUGUCAGCAAGCAUCCACCGGGUCCAGCAAAUCCUCCGCUGGUUUCAGUCUCAGCAGCAGCUGGCCUUCUACGCCAGCUCCCUUCUCUUCGUCUACGAGGGUCUCCCCGCUUCCUCCUCCUUCUCCUCCUCUUCCUCCUCCACCCUUUCCUCCCUUCUCAGCACCCCGUCCCUCAGCCCGACUGGGGUGAAAACCGCCACGCUGUCGUCGGUGGUCGACGGCUGUCAGAGGGAAGAGGGGGACGCGAGACAGGAAGGGGCGGCGUUGAAAGAGGAGGUGGCAGAGUACAACAACAACAACAUUCAGGUGGUGGUGCCCUGGGAUUACAGCCUGGCCACCAUUUACACCAACCACAGGAAAGGGGGCCACCACCACUGUGCCAAGAGUCCUCUCCAAGGUAACGGUGGAGCCAGUGAAGCUGUGGAGACGACAGUUACUGGAGAGAACAACUCGGUACUGUGUCAGGAAGACAAUUCUGCAUGGAAACGAACAGGUGAGCCGGAGCAGCCACCGAACAGCAACGGUAACAAAUCACAACUGGAAGGGAAGGUUGUGGACGGAGAGAGGGAAGAGCACACCAGGGGGGGAGAGGAGGAGCUAAAAGGACAGGGAAAUGACGCCACACAGGGGAACGGAGGAGACACGGAGGUGGAGGUGAGGAUGAUCGACUUUGCCCACGUUUUUCCAAGCCAGAGCCAUGAUCACGGCUACAUCUACGGCCUCAAACACCUGCUGACAGUGCUGGAGCAGAUCCUCUGUGACGCUGCCUGAAAAGCGAUCCCUCCACACUCCUCCCUUUUGAAGCUGUCGUCCCGCUCCAGACGACCCCCACUGUCUCCUCCCUGUUCACCUUUCUCCUCCUCUUCUCAAAACAAACACAGAGCCCCUCCAGAGGAGAGAGGGACGAAUCAUAGACGUGAAAAAAACCCGACAUCUUAAGCAUCAUCAUUCUCAUUUAUCAUCUCACCCGAUUGUCAUGGUCAGUCCAUCAGUCAUGUUUGUCUCUGUGUGUGUGUGUGUGUGCGCGCGUCGGUCUGUCCACAGAGUGGAGGCCGACGGCUGUGUUAUCCCUGUGAUCGGCAGCACUACUACGUUGCGAUAAUCAGUCCACGGAGGCGUCACAAGCCCGUACUUAAACACAACAUCGUCAGCUGCAUGAUUUAGUGACGCUCGGUCGAGCUCCACAGAACCUGACUUCAACCUCAGUUCCUCCCAGAGAGAAUUUAACAUCCGUGAUAUGUUGAGUUUACGGCUGUUUUACUCACUAAAUGAUUACAUUAACAAGUCACUUCUCAACAUUUCUCGCGCUACUUUAUUUUAAGUGUGUCCUUGUACUGUACGCCAGUAUUGCAGUACAAGAUUACUUUUAUUGUGAUGGAGGAUUAACUGACUUAGCUGUAAUAACAUGGCCUAUAGCUACCCAUUGCAACACAGUGUAUCUGUUGCUGAGCAGUGCCCUCUGCUGCCUCAAGAGGUAAUUGCAGGAUACUGGCACAUAAAACUCUAAUGGGCCCUGAUCAUACCUGAGCAUGAAAGGGACUUAAAACAACAGUGAUUAUCAUCUCAGUAGAAACCAGCAGUCAUUCUGAACUAGUUAGGAAUGUCUGCGCCAGUGUAUAAAAUCUUGACUCUUGACUCCCUGGCGUCCACGCUCCCUAAAUUGGAAGCAGAAUGGCUUCCCCCCCCCCCCCCCGUGUGUGUCGUCUGUGGAGGACGUGGAGGUUUAAGUCAGGUUCUGUUUUUGUUUAAAAAACCACUGUCUACAGGUAUCUAACUCAGGUAAAUUUACUGUAAAGGAAAGAAAAAAAAACAACUUUAAUUUUACUACUAUUGUCCUUCAUAAUGAUCCUCAUGCUGUGUGGUCGUUCAGCUCUAAAUGAUUGUUUUAUAUAUAUAUAUAUGUAUAUAUAUAGUCUUAUGUUAUCUCAUGAUUGACCUUAAUCUCAUCCUCUUAACCCCGUGAUGACCUUUACACACAUUGUAUCUCUGUUUACCAUCACUGUUUUUAAAUUGUCGUCGUACACGUUCGGCUGCCAAAUCGCCCUCCGACUUCUAAAGCCCGCCCCCAUGCUUCCCAUUUGACAUCAGUCUACUAUAACUAAGUUGCUUUGUAAUUUCAUGAUUUUAACGUAACACAGUUGACGCGUAGCUAGGCGACGACCCUCGGUUUCCUGCCCCAAUUCUGGAUAGAUGAUGAUGAGGUGAUUGACGCGUGUUGCGAUUGGUUGACGUGACGACUUCUCUCCAAGGAUAUUUUUUUUUCUUUUUAAGAAGAUUGUAGCUUAAGUGAUGUUUGAGACGUUGCUGCUUUAAUGAGAUUCUACUGAUUGAGCCGCUGCUAAAAAAAAAAAAGCGAAAGACAGCAACUGAAUGGUUUUAUGUUAUGAUUUUUUUUGGGGGGGUGGUGUUGGGGUGGUGGUGGUUAUGAGAGGACUGGUUUCACGGUAAAGCAGGAUUAGACACGUCUAGUUUUACAUAUAGACGUCGGUGUAACUCUUGUAGCUGGAAGCCUAAAACCGUUGUUGGUUAUUUGUCUUCUUUCUUUCUUUUAAAGGAAUACUUCAUCCAUUUGCAUUUAGCUUUGUAUUACUAGAAUAUGGGUAGUAUUUUUGAAAAAUUGUGCUUCCCAACCUCAGUUUCCCAAAUGUCUUCAUUCUUUUCUUUGUUAGCGACACUUGGUCCUGUUAGCGUAACUGUUAGCAAAGAGGGCGGAGACUGUUUACAGGUCCCGUCCCCCUAUGAAUGGGUCUCAAAAGUGCGUUGCAGUUUCACUGUGUGGUCACGUAACAAAAAAAAGAAUGAAGAUAUUUCUCCACUCAUGGGAAACUGAGGUUGGGAAGAACAACAAGCUACUACCCUUAGUCUAGUAAUACAAAGCUAAAUGCUAAUAGGUGACGUAUUCCUUUAAGUCUUGUGGAGAGAUCUUAAUAUUUCUCGAUUUCAGUCGCACAGAUUGAUUUGUCGUCGUGUGUCACAAGAUGACGACGGUGGUGUAGCUGAAAGUGUUGGGGAGGGGGAAAAAAAACUAAUAAGCAAACCUGUUAAGUUAUGCAAAUGUUUCAUGUACAGAUUGACACGUCAUGGUCCCGAUGAGGAAUGUCCAUGUGCAACAAAACCUGGGUAGACGGAUUGUAAAGAGUCACAGGCAGAUUCACGCUGGUUUGUAGUAAUACGAUUAUUAUUAUUAUUUUUUUUAAAAGUUCAUGUUUAAUAUGCACCUUUAGUCUCAAUAGAAUCACUAGAAACAGAAAGUAGGACUCUACUUUCCAGCGUGAUGAACGCGAGACUCUCCAGGACUAAUGUUACAGACUUUAUAAUCUUUUUUUAAAUUCAUUUGUUUAUCAUCUUUAAAUGCUAAACAGUUUCUGUAUCGUUUUACUGACCAAGCUCUGCCGUCUCUACACUAACGGCGGAACCACUUGGAAAUGCAACGCUAACAAAACAAAAAGAAAACGUCUCACUGCCCCCACUUCGCCUCAAACCCACUUUUUAUUUGAUUUUAAUCCAUAAUAUGCACAGCUUUCCUUUUGUUGCAGCAUAUCCAUACAUAUAACAUGAAAACCCUCAUCUUUGAUUUGAAUUUAUUACGGUUUGUCUCUGAACCAAAAGAGAUUGCAGACUAUUAGAAUAUUAUAUAUUUUUUUCCAAAAGUAAUUUUUCUUAAAUAAAACUAAAUACCUUGUCUGAAAUAAUCAA